CGUGCCGCCAUGCUGGUAAAUCAACCCAAAUUACGACCACGAGAAGAAGAAGAAAGAGAAGCUAGCUAGGAAGCAAAUUGUUUGUCACUCACGAAGUUCAAAUUCUGUGGUAUUCGUUAGAUUUUUCGGUCAGACAGUUCACUUUAACUUUCUGACUGACACUUUACGCUUACAGCGUGUGUAAAAUUUGAACCUUUUCAAAUGAACGGACUUUAUAUAAUCGAAGAAGUCGCUCAGCUGCUCAUUAAAACAAAGUAGUUAGCCAGGGUGCUAACAGAUGUUAGCAAGAGGAGUUCUUUGUUUUAUUUUUCAGGUGAAGAGCCGCGUGACCAUGACGCGAAGCUAGUGUUGACACAUUUUUUAUGUGUUUCACAUUUUAGAAAAACCGUGUCAGUUGCGUAUUUUUAUAUUAAAGAGAGCGAGUUAGUUGACAAACUAACAUUAGCAAACGAGAGCAACUUCUUUCGCUGCAGUUUUGGUCUGCUUUGCUACAUCGGUCGGGGAAGGACGGUGGAGGUGAAGAUAUGGGCAACUGUCUGAAGUCUCCCACAUCGGAUGAUAUUUCUCUGCUGCACGAUUCCCAGUCCGACCGGGCGAGUUUCGGUGACGGCAUGGAUCCGGACCUGGAGCCCCCUCCACCUUACCAGGCACACAUGCCGACAUACCAUCCUACGCCCAGUCAAGCUCGUCUGGCCACCCAGCUCACAGAGGAGGAGCAGAUCCGCAUAGCUCAGCGCAUUGGCCUCAUCCAGCACCUCCCUAAGGGGGUUUAUGAUGGAGGACAAGACGGCUCAGAGAAGAAAAUAAGAGAAUGUGUGAUCUGUAUGCUGGACUUUGUUUAUGGAGACCCCAUCCGAUUCCUGCCGUGUAUGCACAUCUACCACAUGGACUGCAUAGACGACUGGCUGAUGAGGUCCUUCACUUGCCCCUCCUGCAUGGAGCCCGUGGAUGCUGCCCUUCUAUCCACCUAUGAGACCAACUGAUUGAACCCCACCUGUCCCACAGGAUCAAUCACCCCUAGCUGAAGAAAUAGGAGGGCUGCAGAAAAAUGUCUUUCAGUUUGAAUAUUUCCAAGCUCACCCACUGAUUCUUUUGGUUUUUCCCGAUCCCAGGUCAAACUGUUCUCCAAACACGGACAGAUGUGUGGGUCACGCGGCGUCGGCGUGACCACAACCUGUGAGCAUGUCGGAUUUGUGUGAACGAGUUCCCACUUGAGCUGGCCUCAGUGGGAUUUCUCCAAAGCUUAAUUCCACCUGAUGGGGAAAAUGGAUUUAAGUAGUUUAACACGUCAACACGGCCGUACCUGAAGGGUGUUGCUGUUGGAUUAUGAUUGAAUUUUACUGUGUACGCAGUUAGCAAAGCUUUUGAAUCUGCUAAUCGCGCUCCGUCUUCAAAAUGGCCCUAUUCAUUAGUGGGAAUGCAAGGCUCCUGUUUGGAAUUCUAUGAGCCUUUCUAUUCCUCAUUGAGGCAGGAUUUACUAAUAUCACAGUCUACAUAAUUAUCCUAUAGCGUAUAAUUAUGUAGCAUCACGGCUGUCACAGCAUAUUCCUUUUUUUUGAGCUGAAGGGAAAAAGUUACAUGAAUGUUUCAUGUAGAUGAUCUGAUAAAGGGCUCAUUUGUGCAUGGGCAGGUCGGUCCGUCAGACAUUAAACAUGCUUGCACAACUCUUCUACAGAUACAAUUGCACUUUACUUAGAGGACAUUAUGUAAAACAAUAUAUUAAUAUAUAUACCUUAUAACCUUGCACUAUAAAGACUUCAUUCCUUUUUCCUCCUGAGAUGCAAACGUUACUUUGUUGAUGGAGUGUUUUUCCAAGCUGGUAGUCACUGAUCACAUUGCAGUUGAUGAUUCAUUUUCUGUUGUUUGUGAUCCUGUGUGUGUGAAUUUUUGAUUUUAGAUAUUUUCAGGUGAGCGGGACAGAGGCUUGCUCAGCAUGACGCCAGGACGUCUCUGAAGCAAAUAUGUCAAAGGUGUCACGUAAACGGGGUACAUAUAAUAAUGUAGCAGUAAAUAAACGGGUGGUAAUCACAAAUGCCUGGACACAUUUUUUUCUUCGUUUAGAUGUUUAUUUAGUUUUUGCCAUUUUAAAUUUAAACAUAGAAAUGGUCUUUUUAUUAGUUAAUAGAAAUGAAUUCAGCUGUAGCAGUAGUUACAACCAUUCCCUUUGAUUUGUGUUUUUGUUGUGAUAUUUUGUGUUAUGUUUGUGUUCAUUUCGCGUUUGGUUUGUUAACUGGAUUUCUAAAACACUGGUAUUGAGUUGUGCAAACCUCUGUCCCAGUUGUGAAAGAUUUCUUUGAUGGUGUAACAGUAAAAAAAAAAAAAAAACUUUUUUUUGUGCUUUCCCAGUUUGAGUUUCUCUUAAACAUUAAUAUUUCUUGUAUGUGUGUUUUAUUUUGGAAGGCUAAACCAUCACAUAAACAAUAAAAAUAAAUGUUGUUUUCUUCCA